UUUCUCAGCUGCCCAUAAGUCUUCAACAGUAUAUGAAAUCUAGAGUUCAACUCAUCAAGCUUUUCCGAGCAUGUAAAAAUGGAAAAUACCUGAACCAAUUACACUCUCUCACUAUCAAAACUGGGCUCACUCACGACGUUCUCUUUGCAGCGCAACUGAUCGAUUUGUAUUCAAAUUUCGCACCUAUUCAAACCACUCGCAAUCUGUUCGACGAAACGCCUCAAACAACUGUAUAUAUCUGGAACUCCAUUCUCAAAAGUCAUUGCAGAGUAAAGCAGUAUAAAGAAACACUGAUUCUGUUUUCUCGUUUGGUAUCUUGUGGAAAACCGGAUUGGUAUAGCAUUCCUAUUGCCCUCAAGGCUUGUUGUGGACUAAAAGCAUUUGUCUUUGGCAGAAUAGUUCAUGGAUUUGCAGAAAAGAAUGGUCAGAUUGGUUUAAAUUUGUUUGUUGGGUCAGGUUUAAUUGAUUUAUAUUCAAAAUGUGGAAAAUUGGGUGAUGCAAUACGGGUGUUUGAGGAGUAUUCGAAGCCAGAUAUUGUUUUAUGGACUACGCUGAUUACAGGGUAUGAGCAGAAUGGUGCACCUGAAGAGGCCCUGGAAAUUUUUGGCCGAAUGGUGGUGGGAAAUGGGGUAAUGCCGGACUCAAUAACGCUUGUUAGUGUGGUUUCAGCCUGUGCUCAGUUGUUAAAAUUAAAGACUGGGAGAAGUGUUCAUGGCUAUGUGAUGAGAAUGGGGUUUGAUGACAGCUUAUCUUUAUCGAAUUCUCUGUUGAAUUUAUACGCGAAAACAGGUUCUGUAAACUCUGCAGUUAAUUUAUUUAAGAAAAUGGAAAGGAAGGAUGUAAUUUCAUGGGCUUCUAUGAUUGCUUGUUUUGCUCAUAAUGGGGCUGCGAAGAAAGCACUCAAUCUUUUUGACGAGAUGAUGGUUAAAGGAGUCGAGCCCACUUCUAUUAUUGUGAUUAGCGCCCUGCAAGCGUGCGAAGCUUCUUUUAAUUUGGAGGAUGGUAAGAGAAUACACAAACUUGCUGCAAGGAGAGGGUUAGAAUCGGAUAUAUUAGUUUCUACAGCCCUAAUCGAUAUGUACAUGAACUGCUCUUACCCUGACAAAGCGAUUGAGGUUUUCAAAAGGAUGCCCGAGAAAGAUGUUGUCUGUUGGUCUGCUCUGUUGUGUGGGUAUGUCCAGAACGGGAUGGCGGACAAGUCGAUGGGAGUAUUCUGCGAUAUGUUAGCCAGUGAUACCCAGCCUGAUGGUGUUGUUAUGGUAAAAAUUCUGCAGGCCUGUUCAGAAUUUGGGGUUCUUCAACAAACUUCUUGUAUACAUGGGUACGUGAUUAAAGGUGGCUUCAGUGAUAAUUCUUUCGUUGGGGCUUCACUAAUAGAAUCCUAUGCAAAAUGUGGCAGCUUGGACGAUGCUGUCAUGGUUUUUGAGGGUAUAAUCGAUAAAGACUUUAUAGUUUGGAGCUCUAUGUUUGCAGGCUAUGGAUUUCAUGGACGGGGGCAGGAAUCUCUAGAGUUUUUAGAUCGGAUGGUUAAGCAUUCAGCCAUUAGGCCUAACGAUGUAACAUUCCUAUCAAUUUUAGCUGCAUGCAGUCAUGCCGGUCUAGUUAAAGAAGGAAUUGAAAUAUUCAAUAAGAUGGUGAAUGACUAUAAACUGAUACCUGAUUCGAAACAUUAUGGUAUAAUGGUUGAUCUUCUUGGGCGCAUCGGGGAGUUGGACAAGGCAAUGGAGUUUAUUGAUCAGAUUCCAAAACCAGUCGGUGCCCACGUGUGGGGGGCCUUGCUUGGGGCCUGUCGGACUCAUCAAAACAUCAAGAUGGGAGAAAUUGCAGUGAAUAAUCUGCGCCAAGUGGAUCCCAACCAUUCUGGUUAUUACAUUCUUUUGUCGAAUAUUUAUGCUGAAGGAGGGAAAUGGGAUAACGCGUUUGAUGUUAGAACGUUAGUUAAAGAAAGACAGUUGAAGAAGGUAUCGGGUCAAAGUGCGAUUGAACUGAGGGGCGAGCUCCAUAGUUUUGAAGCGAACGACAGAUCUCACCAAAGCGGAUUUAUAGGUUGAUGGUGAAAUUAGAUCGAAUCUAAUGCCCCUAAUAUGGAUGUCUGUUCCAUGAUGCUGAGGGAGUUCUAUAAUUUUGAACUAAAAUUGCAUAGGAAGAUGCUAGGCUGACAGGGCUUUUGGUCAGCUAUUGGAGGGGCUCCCCCUAUUUGAGUGGUUUUUUCCAAUUGCAUAAACCCACAAGGGAUUUUUGCCAAACAUUUUUGUACAAGUUUCUUUCUUAUGCCUAACUUGUCCUUUACAUUUUAUCAUCAAUACUGCUUUGGAGAA